AUGGAAUUUGUAAAUCUUGGUUUGGACUCAAAUAAAAAACCACUUCUUUUCAUCAAUCUAUAUAUCCAAAACAUCCCGGCAGAACCCCUUAGAACCCUCAUUGACUCAGGAGCCACAUCAAACUUUAUCUCCCCCUCAAUUGUGGAAAAAUACAAAAUCCCAAAGACCCAACUCAAAAAUCCACAAGUUGUGAGAAUGUUAGAUGGUACUAUAUCCCAGACUGGUUGCAUUUGGCACCAGGUUCACCUCACUGUUUUGGCCAAUGGCCAUUCCCACUCCAUUCCCUUUCUUGUUUGCCCCAUUGGCAACACCCCGGCAAUUCUUGGCAUGACUUGGUUAACAACAGAAGCCCCCCUUAUUGACUGGCAACAGGGACUAAUCACCUUCCCUGAACAAGCACAGAUUGCCUCUGAGGAAGAAGCGGACCUAGAUCCUUUGGCAGACCUCCCCCCUCAGUACCAUGAAUUUGCUAAAGUCUUUGGCAAAGAAGAGUUUAAGGUCCUCCCUCCACAUAGGGAGUAUGAUAUAUCCAUAGACCUUGUCCCGGAUGCCAAACUAUCCCCAGGACCCUUAUAUGGCAUGACUGAUGCUGAAUCCAAGGCGCUCAAGCAGCACAUUGACAAAGAAUUGGCAACAGGCAAGAUCCGCCCCAGCACUUCUUCCACCGGUGCCCCAGUCAUGUUUGUUAAGAAGGCAGACAGAUCUCUUAGGCUGGUUGUGGAUUACCAAAAACUCAAUGAUGUAACCCACAAAAAUGUAUAUCCACUCCCAAGACAGGACAACCUCAUGGCAAAGCUGAGACAUGCUAAAAUAUUCACAAAGCUUGAUCUACGCUGGGGCUACAACAACGUCAGGAUCAAGGAAGGAGACAAAUGGAAGACAGCAUUUAGAACAAAGUACAGGUUAUUUGAAUACCUGGUGAUGCCCUUUGGCCUUACCAAUGCCCCAGCCGCCUUCCAACAUUUCAUGAAUGACCUGUUUAGGGACCUCAUUGACGUCACAGUGGUUAUCUACUUGGACAACAUCCUGAUCUUCUCAGAGGACCCCAAGGACCACCCAACCCAUGUCAGGGAAGUCCUAUCACAGUUGAUGAAGAAUCAGUUGUUCUGUAAACUCUCCAAGUGUCACUUCCAUGUCACCACAGUGGACUACUUGGGUAUAGUCAUUUCCCUGGCAGGCUUCUCCAUGGAUCAGAAGAAGAUUGAGGCGGUCAUGUCUUGGCCAACCCCCAAAACAGUCAAGCAGGUCCAAGCCUUCCUAGGAUUUGUCAACUACCUCUGCCGCUUCAUCCCCAAUUUCAGUUCAGUAGCACGCCCUCUGCACAACCUCACCAGAAAGGAAACCCCCUGGUCUUGGGGCAACCUAGAGGAAGUAGCAUUUCAGGAGUUGAAGGUUCUUGUCACCAAGUUGCCAGUUCUCAUCCACUCCAACCCAGAACUCCCUUAUUACCUUGAGACAGACGCCUCAGGAGUUGCCAUGGGAGCCAUUCUUAGUCAGCGGGGCUCAGAUAACCGGCUACACCCAAUUGCGUAUAUGUCCAAAUCAUUCUCAGGGGCAGAGGGAAACUACAACACUCACAACAAGGAACUCCUGGCCAUCAUCAAGGCCUUGGAGGAAUGGCGCAUUUUCCUGGAAGCCACGGACAAGCUGGUUCAGGUAUUUACAGACCACUGCAACCUUGAGUACUGGAUGCAGGCAAGGACAUUCAAUCAACGGCAUGCUAGAUGGCGCGUAUUCCUGAGCAACUUUAACUUCAAAAUACAUUAUUGCCCAGGGAAGCAAUCAGGGAAGCCGGAUGCCUUGUCCAGACAAUUGGACUAUGUUGAUACCCCCCAAGAACCAGAAGUCAUGCUACCACCAGAGGUUUUUGCAAAUACAUUGGAAGAGGAAUUAGAUAUUGUCACGGAUAUUUGCACCAAGCUCAAGGAAGAUCCAUCACUGGAACCCAUUAUCAAGUUCCUUACUGAAGAUGUAGACAACGCACCCCCUUUGAUUAGGAAAGCCUAUAAGGACUAUGAUUGGGAAAAAGAUUUGCUAUGGUACCGCGGAAAACUGGUGGUUCUGGACUCAGAACCCCUGAAAGAGCAACUAUUAAGGGAAUUCCACAACUCCCCACUGGCAGGUCAUCCAGGCCAACAAAGGACGCUCAAACUUAUCAGCAGGAGCUAUUGGUGGCCCGGAAUGAAAUCUUCUGCUAAGGAAUGGGUCAAAUGCUGCCCAGCUUGUCAAGCCAACCAACGUGCGCAUGCCCCAGUUAUCUCCCUGAAGCUGUUAGAAGUUCCCCCUUAUCCUUUUCACACCAUCUCCUAUGACUUCAUCACAGGGUUCCCCAAAUCCCAGGGACACAACGCCAUACUAGUUGUAAUUGAUUCCUUUUCAAAAUUUGGUCAUUUUAUUCCCACCUCAAAAAGGGUCACAUCAAAGGGUUUAGCAGACUUAUUUGUCAACCACGUCUGGAAACUACAUGGAUUACCCAUAAAAACCGUCUCUGAUAGAGGUACCACGUUCACCGGGAAGUUCCUCAGGGCACUAUACCAACAACUUGGAAUUAAGCCUGCCUUCUCAUUGGCCUAUCACCCCAAAUCAGACGGACAGACCAAGCGCGUCAACCAGUUCAUUGAGUUCUACCUGAGAUCUUAUGUAGCAGCAGACCACUUGGACUGGGCCAAAUGGUUGCCACUUGCGGAAUACGCUUACAAUAACGCUAAACACGCUGCAACCGGAAAGACCCCCUUUGAACUGGUUGAUGGAAGGAAUCCUGUAAUGAAUCCGUCAACCGUACCAGCCAAUGUACCAGAAGCAGAUUUGGUAGCCAAUACCCUGGCCCAGGAAUGGCAGGAGGCAGACGCCACUCCCUCCACAGUCUUGGAUUCACAGCCUUCAGGGCUGUUGGAUGCCACCCCCUAUGUUUCCCAGAUUGCAUCUACUGUGUGGCAGAGUCAAGAGCUGCCUCUGUCACAGCUCACUCCCAGGACUCUCAAAAGAAGGCUGGAUCUGGACUCCCAAGAAGAAGGAUCACAGAUAUCCUGCGUGCUUCCCCCCUUGUCCAGGCGUUGGUUAGCAGUGCCCAGCAACAGGGAAGACUUAGAAAAUGGAGGAAGCUCCAUUGUCCCAUCCAUGGCUCCAUUGGAGUCAAGGGAAUCUAUUGUUCCUGCAGCCCCUGAAGGGCAGGAGGACAUUGGGGUUCUUCCCCAAGAAGGAAGGCACUUCUGUCGUAAGGGGAAGUGUUAUCUUCUCACUUAUGCUUGUUAUGUCAAGAGUGAGGAGACAAGGGAAACCUCUUGCCAUGAGGUUAUAAAAGAUCUUGUAGAUCAUCUUCUUACUCUGAGGAGUGGGGCAAAUUCCCUUUUGGAGUAUGCCAUGGGAGUCACUGAGUCCCAUGACCUGAGGGAAGGUGAAUGGCAGCCUGAUUGGCAUUGCCAUGUUAUUGUUUGGGCCAGGACCCUCAUCUCAUCAGAGGCCCUGAACCUAUGGAAGUAUAAGGGAGUGCGCCCUCAUGAGCGUCUUCUUGUACUUAGGGAUGAUAAGGGAAGGUUUGCCCCUUUAUCAGCCUAUGAGUAUCUCAAGAAGGAGGCAGAUGCCUGGGAGGCAAGAUAUGGGAACCUUACAGAGGAGUUCUUAUUAGGCCAGUGCCCUGCAGGGUUGAAGGCUAAGACCAAUCGUAAUGAAGAUUUUGCCUAUGCCAUGGAGGCAGAGGAUGCUGAGGGAUUUUUUGGUUGCUUAAAGGAGCGCCAACCUUGUGAUAUGGCCAUGGGGUAUAACAACCUCAAGGCUUUCACUGGUUACUUCUACAGGGACAAGGGUGCCCUUCCUCAGGGUGUAUGUGAACCCAAGGCCCUUAAGAAGGCUACAGUCAACUUGCCACCUGGUGUUCAGGAGUGGGUUGCUUCCAAUAUAUUGGAACGUGACCCUGAAUCUGAUUGUGGUAAGAUCCUUGUUUUGUGGGGGCCCUCAGAAACAGGGAAGUCAGCCCUGGCUUGUUCUUGGGGGCACCAUAUUAGGUUCAGGCAGAACCUCAACUCUGAUGAGUUUAGUGACCAUCCUAUGGUUCAGUAUGCAGUGCUGGAUGAUAUGGAUUGGUCCAAGGUUCCUUUGAAGAUGUGGGUGCAGGAAGACUUCAACUUCCACACUAGUUAUAGAUCAGAGCGCCAUUGCCAAUGGGGGCGUUCUACUGUUAUAUGUUCCAAUUCUAAGCCUUCUGUAUUUGCUGAUUGUAGUUAUGCCACAGUUGAUGGCAAGAAUUGGAUUGACACCAAUUGUACCUUUGUGUAUAUUGGUGAUAAGCUGUAUUAG